CCCCCGGGGAAAUUAGGCGUGGAGUCCGCCCGGAUCGCCUUCAAAAGCCGCCCUCCCGCCGUCCGCGGCGCACUCGGUACCUGGCUGCGGGCGCCGGGCGGGAUGUCGCAGUGAACUGCCGGCCAUGGGGGGCGCGAGCGCCUGCAUCCCGCUCUGCCUGCUGCUGGCCGCCGCGCAGCUGGCCCAGACGCAGACCCCAGAGAGACCUGUUUUCACAUGUGGCGGCAUUCUUACCGGAGAGUCUGGAUUUAUUGGCAGUGAAGGUUUUCCCGGAAUGUACCCUCCAAAUAGCAAAUGUACUUGGAAAAUCACAGUCCCUGAGGGCAAAGUGGUCGUUCUGAAUUUCCGAUUCAUAGACCUUGAGAAUGACAACCUGUGUCGCUAUGACUUCGUGGACGUGUACAACGGCCAUGCCAACGGCCAGCGCAUCGGGCGCUUCUGUGGCACGUUCCGACCUGGAUCGCUUGUGGCCAGUGGCAACAAGAUGAUGGUACAGAUGAUUUCUGAUGCCAACACGGCUGGAAGUGGCUUCAUGGCAAUGUUCUCUGCUGCUGCACCAGAUGGAAAAGGAGACCGGUAUUGUGGAGGACGCCUUGAAAAACCUUCCGGUUCCUUUAAAACUCCCAACUGGCCAGACCGAGAUUACCCUGUAGGAGUUACUUGUGUGUGGCACAUCAUAGCCCCGAAAAACCAGCUUAUAGAGUUAAAGUUUGAGAAGUUUGACGUUGAGCGUGACAACUACUGCCGAUACGACUACGUGGCCGUGUUUAAUGGCGGGGAAGCCAAUGACGCUAAAAGAAUCGGAAAGUACUGCGGUGACAGCCCACCUGUGCCGAUCCUGUCUGAGAGAAAUGAGCUUCUCAUUCAGUUUUUAUCAGACUUAAGUUUAACAGCAGAUGGAUUUAUUGGUCACUACAAAUUCAGGCCCAAAAAACUUCCCACGACCACAGCCACGCCUGUCACCACCACAGUCCCCGCAACGACAGGUUUAAAGCCCACUGUGGCGCUGUGUCAGCAAAAGUGUAGACGGACGGGGACCCUGGAGAGCAAUUAUUGUUCAAGCAACUUUGUGUUAGCCGGCACAGUCAUCACGACGGUCACUCGAGGCGGGAGUCUGCAUGCCACGGUCUCCGUCAUUAGCAUCUACAGGGAGGGCAGCCUGGCCAUUCAGCAGGCAGGCAAGAACAUGAGUGUCAAGCUAACCGUGGUCUGCAGGCAGUGCCCCCUCCUCCGACGAGGUCUAAAUUACAUUAUUAUGGGACAAGUGGGUGACGAUGGGCGUGGCAAGAUCAUGCCAAACAGCUUUGUCAAAAUGUUCAAGAAUAAGAACCAGAAGCCUCUGAACACCCUGAAGAAUAAGCAGUGUUAGCCCAGAGCUCUGUCACUUAAGCUGCACUUGCUCAACACCCAUGUAGGAAAAAACCCAUACAAUUUCAUACUGAGCGUUCUGAGAUAUGGGGCCAAGUUACUCC